AUGCAUCGUAAUAAUUUUGAUUGUCAAUAUUGCUCAACUGAUCUUAAAAAUACUUUUAGUUAUAUAACAACUUUACCAUUAUCAUCUAACUCUUUUGGAUUAUCAUUAAGUGAAAAUGAUCGGACACGUUAUUUCCAUUUAUUAAAUCAUACGUAUGAAGAAAUAGGUGAAUGUGAUCAUUUAUUAAUGGAUAAUAAUCAUAGUAAGACUUAUCGAUUAUUCGAAACCAAAUCAACAAUACAUUCAAUAUUAAUAAAUCUAAUUGAAACAUUAUUUACCAAUUUUCUUCAUAGCGAUACAUAUUUAAGUGAAUUAAUUGAACAAUAUUCACAAUUUUUACAUAUAUUUUAUGGACAUUUUAUUCCAUUUAUAUUACAAAAUUUAAAUUGCUUAUUUGAUAUAACAAUUGAUAAAUGUUUAAAAAGUUCAUUGGAUAUUCUAGCGACUAUUUUUCAAAUAGCUUGUUCUUAUCAAUCAAAUGAAGAAAAUUGUUUAUCAUGUAUAGAAGUAACAACUAAUCAUAAUACAAAUUUGAAUAUGAAUAUUCAAAAUUGUACACUAUUAUUUGCUGAUGAAAUUCAACGUGUUCGUUUACAUUAUUCAAAUUUAGAACGACGUUUAAAUAACAAAAAUUUAAAAUCUGAAUAUUCAUCAACUAAUACAGGUAUUAAUAAAAGAAUCGAUUUAGACCAUGCGAUUAUUCAUGAUCUUAUUGAAUAUUUAUGUUUACACGUUGAAGAGAUUACUGACCUAUUGAAAAAUCGAUCAUCCGAUAAUAAGAAUUUAAUCAUAUUUUUCAAUCUCGUCCAAAUGUAUCGAUCGACUGGAAGAACUUGA